CAUUGGUCGAAACCCGACUGUCAAGUAAAUAGUGUUUGACGUAACAGUUAGUCAACAACAUCGAAACGUCGAUUAUCGAGUGUCACACAAAGUUAUCUCCAUAUUUUACGUUUCUUAAUUCAUUUAUUGAAGGCCAAAAGCACUGUGUUUUCUGAAGUGGUUAUGGACGAAGGCAGCACCAGUCAGUCGUCUGAUAAUAGCAGGAUGGACAGCUCUAAAGAAGCUGCUCUUCUGGCCCUGAUGGACAGGACAGGCUACAGCAUGGUUCAGGAAAACGGACAGAGAAAGUUUGGUGGUCCACCUCCAGGUUGGGAGGGCCCUCCUCCUCCAAGAGGUUGUGAGGUGUUUGUUGGUAAAAUCCCAAGAGACAUGUAUGAAGACGAGCUGGUACCUGUUUUUGAGCGGGCCGGUCGCAUCUACGAAUUCCGUCUGAUGAUGGAGUUUAGCGGGGAGAACCGUGGCUACGCCUUCGUCAUGUACACCACCAGAGAGGGAGCCCAACGAGCUAUCCAGCUCCUGGACAACUACGAAAUCCGCCCUGGGAAGUUCAUAGGGGUAUGUGUGAGUCUGGACAACUGUCGCCUUUUUAUCGGCUCCAUCCCGAAAGACAAGAAAAAGGAGGAGAUCCAAGAAGAGAUGAUGAAGGUGACUGAAGGGGUCGUGGAUGUGAUUGUGUAUCCCAGUGCAGUGGACAGGAUGAAGAAUCGUGGCUUUGCCUUUGUUGAGUAUGAAUCCCACAAAGCAGCUGCCAUGGCUCGCAGGAAACUCAUACCAGGAACAUUUCAACUGUGGGGUCACACCAUUCAGGUUGACUGGGCCGAACCAGAAAAGGAAUUAGAUGAGGAAACCAUGCAGCGAGUGCGAGUUCUCUAUGUUCGUAAUCUCAUGCUGAGCACCACAGAGGAGACACUUCGCUCUGAGUUCUCGUGCCUGAAGCCUGGCUCUGUGGAACGUGUUAAGAAGCUGACGGAUUAUGCCUUCAUCCACUUCUAUAACCGUGAAGAUGCCCUAAACGCUCUUGAGUCCAUGAAUGGGAAAAUUAUUGAUGGUUCGCCCAUUGAGGUGACUCUUGCCAAGCCUGUCAGCAAAGAUGGGAGCAAAAGAUCCGGGUCACGGAGUAGCUAUGGUGGAGUGGCACCUGCUGGAAAUUACGGUGAUUCCAACUUCUUGUUCCAUAGCAGAGAUGAUAUGACCAUCGGCUUGGGAACUGGAGCAAUAAGUGAUGGUUUAAACAUGCGCCCCGUUAACCUCCCGCCUCAUUUGGGCAGCCCGUAUGCAGUAGACUUAGAUCGCUGUGUGUAUCCGUUCUUACCCGGAUCCACUUUGGUCCCGGUCAGCCUGAACACCCUGAAGCCCAGCCAGUUGAGCUCAGCUGUAUCAUUGCUUGAUUACUACUGCCACAAGAAUGACUGGUCUCUGCCAGAGUAUCAUCUCUACUCCCUAGCCGGACAAGAGGGAAAAAUGCUGCUCAUCUACAAAGUGGUCAUCAACAGCACCAGGAGCAGCUUCAUGCCUGAUAAAGCCUGCACCAUACUGGAGGACGCCAAGGAGCUUGCUGCUCAGAAUGCGCUCUGGAACCUGGAUUGUUCUAUCAGUUCCCCUGGCUCCCCUGUGAAUGUUUCUCCUCCUGCACCUUCUGGCUCUGGUUUCCUGUCCUUUGGAUGUAGGUCUCUGCCUUACCCAGCAUACCCUAUGGCCUCCAUCUCACCUCCCCUACCCAUCUCCUGCUCUUCUGCCCAAAGACUCUUCAUCCCCAAUCAGUCAUCCUUCCUGUAGUCAAGUCAUUCAGUAUCUGUGAACUUUCUUUACUUACAAUGUGUUUCUUAAAUGUUCAUAUGAAACGUUUUUAUUGUUUCACUGACUUUUUGAUUAGUGCUGUUUCAGUCGAAUGACUAGCAGCAGUGGCAGGAUUUUUUUCUCCAUUCACAUACUUUAACAUUCAAGCCACUGUUGUUGUUUCUUUACCUGAGUAUUUUGUGUAUUCUGUUUGGGUGUUUAUUUCCCUUUUUAAGAAGUAAGUUAUUUACUUGUGUUAAAUACACAAUGUUUGAAUAGAAACAAAAGACAUAAACUGUUACGCUAUUAAAACGGAUACAUAUUCUUAAUUAAUAAUGCAAUAGUGAGUAGGUGAUGUUGCACGUUCAACUUUGUGUUACAUUUCCCUGGCAGAUUAAAUCUCAUAAUUCCAUUUUGAAU